UCCCAACACCCUCCCAAGCUGCCGCUGUCGUUAUGGUUACCGCACGCUACAAACAAGGUUUGUCGUUGUAGGUGAACGGAUUCCUCCGGCGCAAGAAAAGGGGGAAUUUAAACGGAUAAACUGCAAUCAAUGCCUUUUGACAGGCUCCACUAAAAAAAGACAUCGGAGAGGACAGUUGGCGUCUCAGCGGGUGCGGCACCAUGAGUUUCACCAUGACCCAAAGCCUGCGGGAGAAACAACGGUUCAAACCCGAGAGACCCCAUGACUACAUCUACGAUCCUUUGUAUUCGCUAGCUAGUGAGAAAGAUCAUGCCAAAAUGUCCAUGAAGGCAUGCAUGUCCGCUAACAGAUUCAAGAAAGUACCUGACUAUAAGACCAUGUUCAGUAAUUUGGAACGUUUCCCAAGCUACUCCGUUCAGCUAGAUUGCAAUGACCCUGUCCCAAAAUUUGUUGAUCAACGUUGGAGAGGAUAUAGAGAGAAAAAACAAGAAGCCAUCAAGCAACUGGCAGUACAUGAUGCUUCUCUUAAAAAGCAAUUACAAGUACAAGAAGAUCCACAAGUUAGCGGUAAAAACCGGUACAAGUAUUUCACGAGACCUGUUAUUCCUUUUGUUCAACAGUUACCAGUGAAUGCAAUUCUGGAUGUAUCCAAGGGUGGUACUCCAACCAACAUUACAAGUUUUGAUAAUCAGUUUUUACCUAUACGGACAGUGGGGGUGCAAACAGAUUACAGGGACAGUGAAACACAAACUGAACCAUACUCUCCAGAAUAUGUUGUGCGGCCUGGCUCAGCUCCUGAACUCCUUACGCUUGCUGCAUUGAAAUUUGGCCGAGGCUUACCAGCAGGCUUAGCAGAAGUGGAGAUGAUUGAACGUGCACGAGCAAAACGUGCUUGGGAAGCUACCCUGCCGCCAUUGAGUGAUCGUUCACAACUUGAGAAGAGGAAGAGGAUGAUGGAGGCAAUGGAAAGAAAUGAGUGGGCAUUCCGGGAACAAGAAAUUGAAAAGCUUCAGGAAAUUCGACUGGAUGUUCUGAUGAAUUUAUUAAGCCAACGUGAAGCAAAGCAACAGGAAAUGAAUGUGAAGCGGGUUGAUACAAUUUGGUCAAAAUUUCAGCAGAAGAAAGGAGUGGCUAUAAAGAAGAUUAGAUUGAACCACAUCAAAGAAAUAAGAAAAAUAACAGCUAAGAGAAGAAAUGUGGAAGGGAAGCUUGAGCGGCGUAACCGCAUACAGGACUAUGCAGAUUAUGGAUCACAGGUUUAUGCACCAGUCUCUCGAAAUGGCCGGUUUCCAGACCAGAAUUCUGAACGCUUCAUUGUGAAAAGUCAUUUUCUUUCCACAUUUGAUGGUAUACUUGAAUUGGAGGAAACUCUACCAGAUUUUGUCACUCAACCACGAAUACAAAUUCAGAGACCAAAGAAAACAACAAAGCAUGGCACUUUGAAUUACGCUGCACGAAGAGAGAUGGAGCUUGCUAAAAUUCACAAGGCAAUACGGGAAGCAAAAUUUAAAGGAGCACAACCAGAAAAGCCACUUCGCUUUCUGUUUAAGAUUUUAAAACCAGUUCCGCGUCCCCCAACACCAACUGUUGAACAACCACCUGAGGGUGAAGAGGAACGGUAUCUAGCUGUUAUCUAUCUGCAAAAAUUAAUAAGAGGAAGGACUGUUCAGAAUAUGAUGUUUGAAGGCAAGGAGAUGCGUAUAGAGCUGAUUCAGGAACUCCGCACCACCCAUGCACUCCAAGAGGACAAACAACUCCUGAAGCAAGCAGAAAUGGAGGCUAUAUUGGCCUUGCAACAUGAACGAAAUCUACAGCAGCAAAAGCUUUCUACAAUGGAAGAUUAUCUCUUACAUAUCGAAGGUCAUGUACUCGCAGACAUGUUUGACUUCCUGAAUAAGGAGCUGCUGCGACUGCAGGAGGAACGACGCAUCCAUGCAAUUGUUAUGUUGGCUGAGCGUCGCCGUCGCAUCAGGGAAGCAGAAGAAAGUGGUUUACGUCAAGUAGAGGAAAGACGCAGAAGGGAAGAAGAUGAAAUUUUCAAACAGGUUGUUAAAGUACACCAAACGUCAGUGGACGCCUAUUUAGAGGACAUCUUGUUGAAGUCUGUGCAAUAUACAGCAGAGGAUCAAGCACGCCAAGAAAUCUGUAAAAUGGCUGAUGAAAUCAAUGAUAUUGCCUAUAACCUUGAACAGCACCAAACUGAAUUACAAGCAGAAGAGAUUGUUUCAGAAUUGGUCCACAGCUUUCUAAUUCCAGAAGCGCACAAAGUAAUAAUGAGGGACAGAGUAAAACACUUUCAAAGUAGACAUCUCCUUGUUGCACACCGGAUUAUUAAUAAUGAAGCCGAACGUAUCAUGACAAAUACAGCUUCAGCUGCAUCAGCAUCCAGCUGCGCUGCAGAAGAUGUUAUGAAUCAAGUACUGACUGAAGUUGAAAAAGAGAUGAAGACGACACAAGGAUCAUAAGUGAGGAACAAUCAAGUUUUAAAUGAGGAAAUGGGAAUGGGGCAUAAUUUUCAUUUAUGGUAUGAUCAGAUUACACCCCUACUAUGGGAUUAGUUCCUAAUUAUUAAAGCAAAAUAUUGCCGAUGCUGAAAAUCUGAAACAAAAACAGAAAAUUCAGAAAAAAUGGCAGCCUGAUUUGUACACGCGAGGCAAGUGGCAUGUGUAAACAAACUUCCCAGCUUGUCACUCCUGCUUUGCAAGGUGACCAUGAAUGAUGGAACCUUCAAUACGGGGUGGGAGUGAUUUGUGUGUUAGCGAUGCAUGCUGCCCUGGAUGCAGAUAUUGAGGUGGGCUAUUUAAAAAGACCCACUUUGCUGGGGUAGUGGCAAGGGCCAACAAAAGUAAAUAUCCAUAGCAUUGAGGAGAUCUAAUGUUUAUCAAAUAGGUCUAUGUUCACUUUUUCUAAUCUGUUCCUUUUUACACUCCUCCCUCCUCUGUAGAAACUAUUCCAAUCUUUUGAUAGCUCUUGCUUACUCAUUCUGUUUUCAUUUAUCAAUUACUUGGUCAUCCUUUGGUGAAUUCUAAUGCCUUCGCCCUCCUCUAACUGUACACAUUUCACUUGCUCACCUGGGAUUGUUAAAUAAUAUAAAUACUGCUGGAUGAGUUAAUGUGCAUCUAUAUCACAGUCUGAAUUACUUAAGUAUUCACCAUUGCUUAUUUACCACCGCAUUUUAAUGGAAUUGUCAACUUAGCUCAGCCAAUUUAUUCCUUAUAUCUGCAUUGUUUGCUUUGGUCAGAUUUAAGACCCUAGUUUCUGACUUAACUAAUCAUAUUAUCAAACUCAUUAAAUUCUAUUUGAGAAGGCAGAUGAAUGUAUAGUGUUAAUAUCACUGGUCCGUAAUCCAGAGCCCCAGGCUAUGAGUCCAUGGUUUCAAAUCCCUCCAUAGGAGAUGGUGAUAUUUAAAUGAAAAAUCUGGAAUAAAAGCUGAAUUAAACAUGUAACCACAGCUGACUUUUUUAGAAAACUCAUUAGAUUCACUAAUGUCUUUUAAAGAAGGAAAUUUUCUGUUCAUGUCUGAUCUGGCCUGCAUGUGACUUAAAACUCACAGCAAUGUGGUUGACUCUUAAGUGCCCUCUGGACAGUUUGGUAUGGGCGAUAAAUGCUGGUCUGACUAGCGACACCCAUGACCUCCCAUGAACGAGUCAAAAAAAAUCCAUAGAUGCCCUCUUACUAGGUACUUAAUUUUUUUUUCCGUUUCAUAAUUAGAUAAUAGCCUGUACCAUAAUUUGUUCCUUAACACUGAUAGAGGACAGUAUAUAUACUUCAUUUAAAUAUUCCGUAAACUUCUUCCCUCAUUAUUAAUAUAAAUUUGGUUUGAGAAAAUCUUUCUUGAUUAAAGUUGCCAUCUUGUAAAAUGGAUCUCUAAUUCCCUGAUUUUUAAUUCUGGCCAAUAUUGCAACUCCUUUUCAGGGACAAAUAAUUCAGUACUUCCUCCACUUUUGUUGUUUCUUUGGUUCCAUGCAAACUGAUUUUCCAUAUUGAUUGCUGAGAUCUGGUCCUUUUCAACAAAUUGCAAUGAUGGAAAUGUUUUAUAAAGGUUGAACAUCCUGAAAUAUUUAGUUCCCAAUCUUGACGAAGCUGCAGCCACAGCAACUACCUAUUAGUUCAAAGCCAAUAAUUUUAUAUCUCCUUUUUUUUUGAAAAUUUGUCUGCUAUGUUAUUGCUAUUUUAGUAUAUUCAGAUAUGGUGUUUUUUAGUUUUAACAUUUUCCCUCCCUUGUUUUCCACCACCACCAGCCCCGCCCCACGUCACUGAUACUUAUUACCUUUGUCAAGCUUUCUGCCUUUCCUGACCCAUUUUUGCCAAAUUUAAUUUUACCCAAACUGUUUCUCUGUUCUCCGGUCUUGAUACUUUCUUUGCUUUUAAAUUUUUUAUUUUCCUGAAUCAUCCAACCUCUUGCUACUUCAUCAUUGCCUAAAGCUCACAAACAACACAUAUUCAUAAGCAAGGACCUGUCCUCCGCAGGAAAAGGGAACUUGUCAUUUUUUCCAAUGAGAAACCGCAACCAGCUUGAAAAACUGAGAUAAUAAGAUAUCCAGCAUCUUCAGUUCCUAAAACUCUCACUAUUGUUUUCUCAUGCAGUAUGAAUUGUUGCUCACUUUGAAAGCUGAUAUUCUUGCAUUUGUCAUGACGAAAGCAAGACAAAACACUUCAACUGUGUGCCUUUUUCUCAACAACACACAAAUUUGAGGGAAUUGACAGUUCCGUAAUCUUCAAAUAACAAAUUAUUUUUAGGUUUCAAUUUGAGAUUUACAAUUUCAUAACUCCUGAUUGAAAAGGAGUACAGAGUUUCAAUUGAUUUUAAAGGAAAGCACCAUAUUUUUAAAAAAGCUUAGUUUUAAACCUUAGAUAUCAUCGCUACAUAUUUGCAGCUGAUAGUUUAAUAAUGCAGAUGUUGUUUGAACAUUUUAAAAUGUUGCUGAAACUGUUCUUUUCUUUCAGAUACGUACUGUGACUUUCAUUCACUACCCUGAAUAUUUAGGAAAGGAAGGAAGAAGUUUAAAAUAUGAAAAGUGUCUAUAAUUCUUUUGUUUUAUUCACAUGCACUUUAUCCAAAAGCCCUUCCAUUAAUGAACAAUACUUAAUUAAGUAGACACAAGUUUCCAAUAGUUUACUGAAUGUGAACAAAAAAUAAAGUGAAAUAUUUAACUAGCAUUGAUCAGCAUUUGUUAGAUGAGGUGCAGCAAACACAGAAGAACAUCUAUUUCCACCUUUCUCUAAUACUGCCAACUUUGCCUUGUCUCAGUUCAUGUUCCAUUAAAAUUUCUCUUUCAUACCUUUUAUUUAUCCAACCUGACUAUUCUAAUACACCCUGGCUGAUCUCUCGGAUUCUAUCCUCCGUAAAAUUAAGGUUAUCCAAAACUAUGUCCAAGUCUUAUUCAGAACAAUUCCCUUUUACUUACCAUGCUUAUGCUCCUUGUAUGGGCUCUCUGUUAAGCAGUAUCUUGAUGUUUUAAAUGAUCAUCAUUGUGCCUUCACACUUCACUUUGUCAUUUCCAUAUACCCCACAACCUUUUGACUCUCCCCAAUUUUAAUUACUGUAUUAUACCACACCUUCAGUUGCCCAGGCCCUAACUCCUGGAAUUCCCUUCAUAAAUCUCUGCACCUGACUAAGACAUGCCUUAAAACUUUUUUUUUGACCAAGCUUUUGAUCAUCCAACCUAAUGAGCAGAAAUUAAUCAAGCUGAGCCUAUUUAAAUCAAGGAAGGUUGUAUCAGUCUCCUGCUGGUAGCAAAACCACCCACAAACAAAGUGGAGGCUGAAACAAGACUUCUGGGAAAUGGAAUGUCAUUUAUUUUCACUAAUGAGCCAAUUGACACCAGUUAGCACUGUAAUUCCAUGACAUCUCAGAUUAGAUGAGAGCCACUAAGAUUUUCCACACUUCUCAAAACUACCCAGCAAGCCAAUCCUUCUUGGAGGAAUGCCUCAUUAUUAGGCACCCACUGCAUGAUCACAAGUCCCCUUGUCUCCAAAGCCCUGCCACCGCAUCUCCAUUAACCCCAACCUGCCCUCACUCAUCAUUGGCCUGUUGUUCCUUACUGAUUCUGCAUGAUCCUUUGUUAUAGCUGCUACUGCCAGUGGCAUUGACAGAAGGCAACUGUUGCCAGUACUGAAUCCCACUAACUGUUGCUUGGUCUCAUGUUUUGUUUUGAAAUGCUCCUAUGAAGUGUCUUAUUCUUUAAAUAAAAUCUUUUGUUAAUUAACUAACUAAAACUGACUAUGAAAUAGACACCUGCAAAUUGAGAUCUGACUUUCACGAUCACAUGAGGAUGUCAAUGAUUGUUUAACCAUCCAGAAUUACCUUAUUCUUGCCGCAUUGCUACAAGCUAGAUAUUUCUUAAAUGAAUUCAGCAAGUUCAAAUGCAGAAAUUAGUUUUGUGUUCAAGAUAACAAAGUGUGAAGCUGGAUGAACACAGCAGGCCAAGCAGCAUCUCAGGAGCACAAAAGCUGACGUUUCGGGCCUAGACCCUUCAUCAGAGAGCUUCCGUAGGCAGGUGCUGAGGAAGGUGAUGUGGCUGUGGUACCUUGUUUGCUUCAGGACAUGGUCGAGCAGUUUCAAGGCCAGAGAGAUUCCCUGAGGUUGGUCCAGAAGGAGGAGGGUAACUUCUUCAGGUUAGGCAUCCCUGGAAAAGGCUUCACAGUGAGGUUAAUCUCUUUCACCACUUUGACUCUGUGCCUUUGUCUUAUUCUUACGUGAUAUACCUGAUUAAUCAUUUCCAAAUUCAUUAUGCCUUUGUGCUUGAUAAAAUCAUGUCUCAGAUGCUUUAUUAUUGGCUAAGAAAACCAGUAUUUCUUCUUUUCACAAUACCUCAGAUCUGACACAACAGGUCAGCCUUAUGGUUCUUUUUUGUACUGCUUUUGGUGCUUGACUGACUGUUGUUUCUCAACAACUAGAACAGGACACAUUCCUCAAGGUUGAAACUGACCAACACACUGUAUAACUUGAUUUUGACUUUCUGUAUUUGAGCUAUAUAAUUCAGAAUUCUGUUGGUUUUAUUAGUUGCUGGUCUGAAUCGAUUAAA